CAUAGAUCAAAACACACGUUUGGGUCAAGUGCGCAAUGGAGAGGUCCGUCAGAUCCGUGCUGGUGUUCGUGGCUGUUUCCAUCCUCAUCUCUAGCCAUCCUACAGACGCCUGGUACAAGCAGUCCACCGGGCCGAGCUACUAUUCCGUCGGGAGAGCCUCGGGUUUGCUGUCCGGGAUCCGGAGGUCGCCGUAUGUGCGCAGAUCUGAGAGCGAAUCAGCGCUGGACAGCGGCGAGACCCCCGGCGUCUCCAACAGCGUGAUACCCGACCUCAGCAGCAGACAAACGCCAGUCCUUAAAAACAUGGCCAUCUGCGUAAAGGACAUUUCUCCAAACCUACAGAGCUGUGAGCUGGUUCAGGACGGUUCGAGCACGUUUCGGUGCAAAGCAGACGUGUUUCUCUCGCUCGAUUCGCUGGACUGCUUCACCUCCUGAGCGGAACCCGUCUCUCUCUCUCUCCCUCCCCGACCCAAAGUCUCUUCAUUUCAGGAGUAUUUACAGCCAAGGCAGUGAGGCGCGCUGUUGACAUUGAAUGUUUACUUGAUUUACACCAGGGAUGUUCAGCGCUGCUCCCGAAGAUCUGCUUUCCUGCGAUGUUUAGUUCUCUAGCGAUGCUAAUCAUUUUUAAACUGCAAUUUAUAUUCUAAAUCUAUUAUUUUCUGUGAACGUGCGGGACUAGCCGCUAUAGGUAAAUAACUAGUGAGGUAAACGGCAAAACUAUGUGCGCAACAAAACAGUGCGUUUAUAACUACGACAAUACAUUCAAAUAAUACCAGUUUGAAUAUCGAGCAGCAUAACGAGCUGUUUUGUACGGCUAAAAAAGCCGAGGAAAGCCUCGCACAUCCGUUAAAAAUGCUGUUUUGCGACACACAAAAAAUUGAUAAUUUUUUAAAUGAAGUGAAAUCAGCCAGGCAGAUAUUGGUUUAGUAUAUAGCGAAUGCGAAAAAGUGAAGUCAAACCAAAUUCAAUUCACUUCCAGUGUGAACACACAGUUUCAGCUGUAUUUUGCAGGAAAAUGGAUCUCGGAGAGCAGUUUUGAGCACCCCUGGUUCACACAAUGUGAAGUUCGCUGCUUUAAAUUUAUAAAUAAAACAAGACAUAAAACAGAGGUAUUUUCUGUUCGAUCUGUUCUCCCUCGCGCCCACCCGUCUCCUGUACCUUCUUCCAGAUGUAUUACAUGUUCAUAAAAAGAGUUCGCUGUUAUGAGCAAAAACUUUCAAAGAUGUUUUCUUUAUUUUAUUAAACUUGAAAGAUAUACCGUU